UGUGCACUAAUAAGAGCUAGACAGCGUGUCCUUGACAAGCAACAUGACAGUGUGCUUGAGAAGCAACAGAGCACAGUGCACGACAAGCAACAGAGCAACAGUGCGCGACAAGCAACAGAGCACAGUGCACGACAAGCAACAGAGCACAGUGCACGACAAGCAACAGAGCAGCGUGCACGACAAGCAACAGAGCAACAGUGCACGACAAGCAACAGAGCAACAGUGCACGACAAGCAACAGAGCAGAGUGCGCGACAAGCAACAGAGCAGAGUGCUCGACAAGCAACAGAGCAGAGUGCGCGACAAGCAACAGAGCAACAGUGCACGACAAGCAACAGAGCAACAGUGCACGACAAGCAACAGAGCACAGUGCACGACAAGCAACAGAGCAGAGUGCACGACAAGCAACAGAGCAGAGUGCACGACAAGCAACAGAGCAGCGUGCACGACAAGCAACAGAGCAACAGUGCACGACAAGCAACAGAGCAACAGUGCACGACAAGCAACAGAGCAGAGUGCGCGACAAGCAACAGAGCAGAGUGCGCGACAAGCAACAGAGCAACAGUGCACGACAAGCAACAGAGCACAGUGCACGACAAGCAACAGAGCACAGUGCACGACAAGCAACAGAGCAGAGUGCACGACAAGCAACAGAGCACAGUGUACGACAAGCAACAGAGCAGUGUACGACAAGCAACAGAACAGAGUGCACGACAAGCAACAGAGCAGAGUGCACGACAAGCAACAGAGCACAGUGCACGACAAGCAACAGAGCACAGUGCACGACAAGCAACAGAGCACAGUGCACGACAAGCAACAGAGCACAGUGCACGACAAGCAACAGAGCAGAGUGCACGACAAGCAACGGAGCACAGUGCACGACAAGCAACAGAGUAGAGUGCACGACAAGCAACAGAGUAGAGUGCACGACAAGCAACAGAGCAGAGUGUACGACAAGCAACAGAGCAGAGUGUACGACAAGCAACAGAGCAGGGUGCACGACAAGCAACAGAGCAGAGUGCACGACAAGCAACAGAGCAGAGUGCACGACAAGCAACAGAGCAGGGUGCACGACAAGCAACAGAGCAGAGUGCACGACAAGCAACAGAGCAACAGUGCACGACAAGCAACAGAGCAGAGUGCACGACAAGCAACAGAGCAGAGUGCACGACAAGCAACAGAGCAACAGUGCACGACAAGCAACAGAGCAGAGUGCACGACAAGCAACAGAGCAACAGUGCACGACAAGCAACAGAGCAGCGUGCACGACAAGCAACAAAGCAACAGUGCACGACAAGCAACAGAGCAGAGUGCACGACAAGCAACAGAGCAACAGUGCACGACAAGCAACAGAGCAACAGUGCACGACAAGCAACAGAGCAACAGUGCGCGACAAGCAACAGAGCAACAGUGCACGACAAGCAACAGAGCAACAGUGCACGACAAGCAACAGAGCAACAGUGCGCGACAAGCAACAGAGCAACAGUGCACGACAAGCAACAGAGCAACAGUGCACGACAAGCAACAGAGCAACAGUGCACGACAAGCAACAGAGCAACAGUGCACGACAAGCAACAGAGCAGGGUGCACGACAAGCAACAGAGCAGAGUGCACGACAAGCAACAGAGCAACAGUGCACGACAAGCAACAGAGCAACAGUGCACGACAAGCAACAAAGCAGAGUGCACGACAAGCAACAGAGCAACAGUGCACGACAAGCAACAGAGCAACAGUGCCCGACAAGCAACAGAGCAACAGUGCACGACAAGCAACAGAGCAACAGUGCACGACAAGCAACAGAGCAACAGUGCACGACAAGCAACAGAGCAGAGUGCACGACAAGCAACAGAGCAACAGUGCACGACAAGCAACAGAGCAACAGUGCACGACAAGCAACAGAGCAGAGUGCACGACAAGCAACAGAGCAACAGUGCACGACAAGCAACAGAGCAACAGUGCACGACAAGCAACAGAGCAGAGUGCGCGACAAGCAACAGAGCAGAGUGCGCGACAAGCAACAGAGCAGAGUGCACGACAAGCAACAGAGCAGAGUGCACGACAAGCAACAGAGCAACAGUGCACGACAAGCAACAGAGCAACAGUGCACGACAAGCAACAGAGCAGCGUGCGCGACAAGCAACAGAGCAGCGUGCACGACAAGCAACAGAGCAGAGUGCACGACAAGCAACAGAGCAACAGUGCACGACAAGCAACAGAGCAGAGUGCGCGACAAGCAACAGAGCAGAGUGCGCGACAAGCAACAGAGCAACAGUGCACGACAAGCAACAGAGCAGAGUGCACGACAAGCAACAGAGCAGAGUGCACGACAAGCAACAGAGCAACAGUGCACGACAAGCAACAGAGCACAGUGUACGACAAGCAACAGAGCAGCGUGCACGACAAGCAACAGAGCACAGUGCACGACAAGCAACAGAGCACAGUGUACGACAAGCAACAGAGCAGCGUGCGCGACAAGCAACAGAGCAACAGUGCACGACAAGCAACAGAGCACAGUGCACGACAAGCAACAGAGCAGGGUGCACGACAAGCAGAGCACAGUGUACGACAAGCAACAGAGCAGGGUGCACGACUAGCAACAGAGCAGAGUGCACGAGCAACAGCAGUGCACGACAAGCAAGCAGAGCGCACGACAAGUGAGCAGAGCGCACGACAAGCAACAGAGCAGAGCGCACGACAAGCAACAGAGCAACAGUGCACGACAAGCAACAGAGCACAGUGCGACGACAAGCAACAGAGCAAGCAGAGUGCACGACAAGCAACAGAGCAAGCGCACGAGCAACAGAGCAGAGUGCACGACAAGCAACAGAGCAGGGUGCACGACAAGCAACAGAGCACAGUGUACGACAAGCAACAGAGCAGAGUGCACGACAAGCAACAGAGCAGAGUGCACGACAAGCAACAGAGCAGAGU